ACCAAAGAAAUAUUUUGUUAUUUAAAAUGUUACGAAACUUUAAUAGAAUCAUAUUGCAAAAUGCAAAAUCCAGUUGGACUGAAAGUAGUACUCGCCACAUGGCUGGACAUUCGAAAUGGGCAAAUAUCAAACACAUAAAGGCUCAAAAGGAUGGCAUGCGAGCGGCGCUCUUUACAAAAAUUGCAAGACAGCUUCGUCUGGCGGUGCAAGAGGGUAAAUCUGCUGAUCCUGCUGUUAACACCUUGCUACGUGCUGAAAUUGACUUUGCGCUGAAGAAAAAUAUGCCCAUGGGCAGUAUACAGAGUACGAUUAAAAAAUGUCAACAUAAUAAGGCUCAGUUGAAGAAGCAUCGUUUUGAUAUAAGAUUUAAGCGCAGUGUUUAUAUGGUAUGCCAUAUAUAUACCGAUAACUUGGCUGCCGUUAAAUAUGAAAUUACUGCCAUGAUAAAGAAAUCGGGCGGCGUUUUUGAGAAUGUGGAUCAUAUGUUCGAAGACUUUGGGCUUAUAGAGGCUACUGCGCUCGCACAAGAUGGUCUGAAUAUAGAGGAAAAGGCGACGGAGGAUGCAAUAACACUUGGCGCUGAAGAUGUGGAAAUUGUGGAUGCCAAACUGGGCACAGUAAAUUUUAUUUGCAGUCCGACGCACUUGAUAGGCCUGACCAAGACGUUAUCCCAAAAUGGUUAUAGCAUUGACAACAGCGAGCACAUGUUUACACCAAUUAGAGUCCUAGUGCUAAACUGUGAGGAGAAGUCGCAUGCUUACAAUAUAUUUGUACAAAAGCUGCGUGAUGUACCUGGCAUUGAAGAUAUUUACGAUAAUGUUGAAUAAACAAGGCUCGUAUAUUUUUUAAUUUUUUAUUGUAUAUGCGAUUUACAACUACUUAAGGUCAGAAUUACAAAUUGUUGUCCGGUAACUACGUUUAUAU